AUGGUUUCAAACAAUGCUGUUCCGAUGAAGUUAGAAAGUUCUGACAGAAGAUAUGUAGUUGUCAGAACGUCAGAUUCUCAUAUGCAAGAUACAGAAUAUUUUGACGACUUAGCAGAAACUUUGACAUCUGACUUUUACAACCACUUGUUCUCAUAUUUUAUGACAUUAGAUAUUUCUAAGUUCAAUCCAAGACAAAUUCCACAUACCGAAGAGAGACAAACAUUGUUAGAAGCAAACAAGAGUGUAUAUGAACUGUUCAUAGAUGAAACUGACUUUGUGUCAUUAGAUGAAAGGUCAUUGUACGAUUCGUAUAAACAAUAUUGUCAAGAAUAUGGUUAUAUGACAGCGUCUAAACGAACAUUCUUGGCAAAUGUCAAAAGUCUUUUAGAUGUUCAGAAUGGUGUAUAUACAAAGAAAAUUUUUUCUGAGUAA